AUGUCCUUUCUUCCCUCCCUCUCCCCUCAUUUCCGUCUUUGUAGGCUUCGCCUCUCGACCUCCUCAACCUUCCAACCUCCCCGGCAGUUUCAUUCUUCGCGCUUUACCAUGUCUGACCUCAACAUUCAACUGACAGCCCCCAAUGGGCGCAAGUACACCCAGCCGAUUGGACUGUUUAUCAACAAUGAGUUCGUCGCGUCAAAGUCUGGCGAGAAGUUCGCAAGCAUCAACCCCAGUGACGAGUCCGAGAUUAUUUCCGUCUACGCCGCAGGCGAGGAAGACAUUGAUAUCGCAGUCAAGGCAGCUCGCAAGGCGCUCAAGGACCCGUCAUGGAAGUCACUGCCUGCUACGGGCCGAGGCAAUCUGAUGCUCAAGCUGGCAGAUCUUGUUGACCAGCACAAGGAAACUCUAGCCACCAUUGAGACUUGGGACAACGGUAUGUAUCAUAUGUUGCGAAUCCCAUGCACCAAUCUGACUUUGAUAGGCAAGCCUUACUCGGUGUCUUUGGGUGAUGACCUUACAGAAGUGAUCAACUGCAUCCGCUACUGCGCCGGAUGGGCUGAUAAGAUCCACGGCCAAACCAUCAGCACUACACCAGAGAAAUUUGCCUACACACUUCGCCAACCCAUUGGAGUCGUAGGCCAGAUUAUCCCCUGGAACUUCCCUUUGGCCAUGGCAGCCUGGAAGCUAGGUCCCGCUUUGGCCUGCGGUAACACUGUUGUCCUUAAGCCCGCCGAGCAGACUCCUCUCAGUAUCCUGUACUUUGCCAACCUUAUCAAGGAGGCUGGCUUCCCACCAGGUGUUGUCAACAUUCUUAACGGCCACGGACGAGUAGCAGGAACCGCCUUGGUCACCCACCCAGACGUCGACAAGGUCGCCUUCACCGGCUCAACAAUGACAGGCAAGGAGAUCAUGAAGAUGGCCGCGGGAACCAUGAAGAAUGUGACUCUCGAGACUGGUGGAAAGUCGCCCCUCAUCGUAUUUGCCGACGCAGAUCUCGACCAGGCCGCCAAAUGGGCACACACCGGAAUCAUGUACAACCAGGGUCAAGUCUGCACAGCAACGUCGCGCAUCCUCGUCCACGAGUCCGUCUACGACGAAUUCGUGAAGCUCUUCCGCGAGGCCGUUGCCACCACCAGCAAGGUCGGCGACCCCUUUGCCGACGACACCUUCCAGGGACCCCAAGUCACAAAGGCCCAGUACGACCGCAUCCUCUCCUACAUCGAGAGCGGCAAGCAAGAAGGUGCGACGCUCGUUGAGGGCGGCGUACCAUACAAGAACGUCAAGGAUGGGAAGGGCUUCUUCAUCGCUCCGACUGUCUUCACAGAUGUCAAGGACAACAUGCGCAUCUACCGCGAGGAAGUAUUUGGACCAUUCGUCGCCAUUUCCAAAUUCUCUGAUGAGGACGAAGCUGUCACCCGUGCCAACGACUCGACAUAUGGUCUUGGUGCUGCCAUCUUCACCAAGGACAUUGAGCGUGCUCACCGCGUUGCUGCAGAUAUCGAAGCUGGUAUGGUUUGGGUGAACAGCAGCAAUGAUAGCGAUUUCCGUGUGCCCUUUGGUGGUGUCAAGCAGAGUGGUAUUGGUCGUGAACUUGGUGAAGCUGGCUUGGAGGCUUAUUCCCAGGUCAAGGCUGUUCAUGUGAACAUUGGGUUGAAGCUGUAG